UAACUUUGAAAAUGUGGGUGCAAUUUUAAUUGUAAAAAACUCCAGCGAACCAUUAGUUCAUUUUGCUCAAAUAGAAAUAGAGGCCUGCCUCUAAUACUGGCCCUCCUUCCAAUAAAGGCCUGGAGCUUGAUGAGCUUGAGUCAAAUACAGGCCCGGGCCUGUAUUAGAGGAUUUACGGUAAUCCAACAUGAUCUAACAUGCGUGGUUUUGAUAAAUGGGAAGCAACCGGAGUAUCCAGAGAAAACCCACGUAUACAUAGAGAUGUGCUCUCAUAGGGAUUUGAACCCUUGACCUUCUUACUGCAAGGCAAGUUAGCAACUGUACUUCCAACGGUGUCACCAUAAAGCCCCUGAGUGAAAUCCUCUUGGAUUUGGUUGACUGGGUUGUUUAAAUUGCUACACUCUGUGGGAAAAUCCAAUAUUUAUCAGGUGAGCAGUUGAUGGUGAUGUUGGUGAACGUUCUCAUUCUUCCAUAGCGCAAUGUCCUCAUGAGUUCAGAAACAAUGUACCUAUACUUUUCUAUGGAACUAGUCCCAAAGUCUCCUACUGUGUAUAAGACCACCAGCUUGCAUAAAUCUACCCUGGCCUGAUCCUCCAUCCAGGGAGAGACUGGGGGCUUUGUUGUGCCAUUUCACCUUAGAGGUGCAUGGUUGUGUUCCUGAAGGUGCUAAUUGCUGUGAAAUAGUCUGGAGAUUUUACUGAGAUCUGCAUUGUUGGUGUUGGAAAGGCUCUUCACAUUUGACCGUGAUUGCUUCUUUUACUCUUCUCUCAAAACAUAAAUAUUCUAUUUGCCAGUGAGACAUUGCAGUUUUUUAAAGUUGCGUUCAUCAGUGAAGGUUUUUUUAUUUUAUUUUAUUGUAAAUCAAAUAUUUUCUUUAGGCCACAGCAACCUUCUCACUAGCUUCAGACCCUCAAAAUAGCAGUUGUCAAGACACGACCCCAGAUUUCUGAUUUAACAAUACAAACAUGCUAACUUAGCCAAAUAGUUCAUGGUAUAAAGAAAACUGAUUCAGCUCAUAUUCAUUUAAAUCUAUUUUUGAUUUUUUAGUUGAGUUUUGUAACACUUAUGCUAGUGGACCAUAGCUUCAUCGAUUGUGAGCCACAGUGGGGUCCCAACUUUGGGAAAUAUCGAUCUAGUGUAACUAUUAUGAAGAUCAUCUAUUAGUUUUUUAGUAUCUCAUUGAUGAUAAACUACUAUUUUAUUUUAAAGUAUUAUAUUUAGCAUUUUCAUGUAUUCCACUGAGUAGACUAGUGGCAAGCCAAGUACUGUGGGUUCUGCUGUUUUAAAUGCAACACUGGGUUUUGAUGUGGGAACAUUUUCAUUGAGCCUGAAUAAUUCAAAAAGCAAAGUUAAGUGGCUUAAAAAUAUUCCACUAAAAAUGAGUCAAAAACUUGCCAAAGUCCAAAGUAAAAGUUAAUGGAAGUCUAAAAAACUAUUGAUCACAAGACAACAUAAGCUCUUUGGAAGCCAAGUGUUCAUAAAACAAAUGAUAAAUGGUGACUCUGGUUAAGAAAGUGAUGUUUCAUGGUUGUUCUGAGUACAUCGGGUACCUUCAUGUUUCUUGACAAUUUUAUGAGCGCGCCCACGUGUCUAGUACGCAGACUCAGUAGAGUUUUCAGGUUUCACUUGUUGCUCCAGGCAGGGACGCGGUGGACCGUGGAGGAGCCUGCUGGACCGGUCCGGAGGUGUUUGUUCUGUUCUCCAGUGAACCACAUCCCCUUUCACCAUGAGCAGCAGCGCUGACAGCUGACAAGACAGCCGGGAUCUCUCUAACAGACAUGACUGGCCCGAAGUCUGAGAGCAGGAGCGAUGAAGCAGAAGGUCCAGAUGAAGGCUGGGGCUGGGUGCUGGUUGCUGCCAUGUUCGUCAGCACGAGCCUCGUGUUUGGUCUGAUGCGUAGUUUGGGGAUCUUCUUCGUGGAGUUCGUCAAGCACUUCGAGGAGAGCGCUCAGGCCAUCUCCUGGAUCUCGUCCAUCGGUCUGGCAGCACAGCAGUUCUUCAGUCCGCUGGGUGCGGCCCUUUGUAACGCCUACAAUGCCAGGGUGGUGGUGAUGGUAGGAGGCUUCCUCUCUGGGCUCGGCCUCAUCGCAGCCUCCCAGGCCACCUGCCUUGUUCAUCUGUACCUCACUAUGGGAGUCAUUUCAGGUUUUGGGUGGGGGCUGGUCUUUACGCCCAUGGUGGCCACAGUCAUGGCUAACUUCACCCGCCGAAGGGCCCUGGCUUUGGGACUGGGCUUCUCCAGCAUCGGACUGUCUUCCUUUGCCUUUAACCCUCUUUUCCAGCUGCUGGUGGAGACGUACGCCUGGCGGGGUGCCCUGCUCAUUCUGGGGGGGCUCAGCCUCAACAUAGUGGCCUGUGGAGCCCUCAUACGCCCAGAGUGCUGCCCUAAAGCCCCAGAAAAGGUGGACUCUCCGAGCAGGUCAUCCCGUUCUAGUGUGUGGCAGAGAGUCUGGUCCCACCUGGAGCUGUCUCUGCUCUGUGAGAGGUCCUACCUCACCUACACUUCCGCCGUGACGCUGUUUAACUUUGGCUACUUUGUUCCGUAUUUCCACCUGGUGGCCCACGGCCACCAGGCGGGCUUCUCAGAGUACCGCGCUGCUUUCGUAAUGUCCGCCGCUGGAGCCACUGACAUUCUGGGCCGGGUGGUGUCGGGCUGGUUCUCUGACCUGGGCCACUUUCGGGUCGUUCAUCUACUGAGCGUGUGGACAGUUUGUGCGGGGGUGUUCAUCAUGCUGCUGCCUGUCAGCUCCCUGACCGGUUCCUACACCGCGCUGAUGGUGAUCAGCCUACUCUAUGGUUUCUGCUCCGGGGCGCUGACCUCUUUGGUGUUCGCCGUGGUCCCCAUGAUCGUGGGUGUGGAGCGGGUGAUGGGCGGCCUCGGGCUGCUGCAGCUCAUCGAAAGCAGCGCAGGACUGCUGGGGGCUCCUCUGUCAGGGUGGCUAAAAGACGUGACAGGAAACUAUGUGGCCUCCUUCAUGGUCGCCGGCGCCUUCCUGCUCCUUGGCAGCAUCACCCUGGCCACUCUACCUCAUUAUUUCUCCUGCACAGAUCCCCCUUCUCCUCAGAGAUGCUCACUUGUGGACGACAGGAGGAGUUCGCACGGAGAGCUGGAGCAGAUAAACCGUCUCCCCUCUGGCUUAAACCACAGACCGGUGGAGCAGUCAGACAGGCGAAACCCAGACGACGGGACACCUGUAAGAGAUUGAGUUUGACCUCACAGGCUCAAACCAAAGAAAAGACUGAAAAGGAUAUUUUUACACUGUAAGAAAUGAAAUGUUGUGUUUACUUAACCAAGUUAAGUCAGUUAUUUAGAAUAGUACCAUUUAUUUUCAACAUAACAGCAUACAAUAAUAUAUAUUACUGUUUGCAUUUAAGCAGCUAGGUUUAGUAGAACUAGUUUACAUAAGUUGGUUAAGUAAACUCAACAUUAUCUUUCUUACAGUGUAGUUUUGCACUUUUGAGCUUACUUGAAUAAACAGGAAGCAAAAACCACCAUGACAGUAGGAGUCGCUUCUAUUUAACUUCUGCGUCGUCAUGAUGUAGAUUUACUUUCACUCGGUUCCCUGAAUGCAGCUGAGAGGAGGAUGAGCACCACAAUCAGGCUGUUGGUGCCCUUUAUCCCCUAAAAUGAGCAGCUUUUUGCAGGUAUUUACAUUUGUGUUUAUUUAGAAAUGUCAUUGACACGUCUGCAGCAGGAAUGUUUUUCUGCUUUCAUUUGACUGCAGAUUUGACUUCCAAUGCCGUUUCUUUCCAGCUUUACAUUGCUAAAUUACUGCAGCGCAGUGUUCAUUUAUUCGUGCAAAUAAAAGCUUUUUGUGUG